CGUGUGUGUUGUUUUGGGGCCGACCGUCAGGAGACUUGAGAAAGUUCUUGACUUGAUCCAUCACCAAUUUUUUUUUGUUUUUGUUUUUCUACUGGAAAAAAAUUAUCGUCUCGCCUUUAUAAUCCUUCUGUUUAUAUAUCCUUUCGACCUUCAAACUGUCCUUGACGACUGGUGUUGUCUGCUGUGCACACGCCUAACGGGCUUGACGUCUGAGCCAUCAUAUCACCACCUCAUCUUCCCCCCCCCCUGCGUGUAUAUAUAUAUAUAUCGAUUGAUUUGAUACAAUGACGACCAGAAUGCCUCUGAUGGACCCGGCCAACCAGACCCGGAACUCGGCCAGUAGGGUGACGAGAGAGGGCAAGAAGCUCACCUACACCUUGACGGUUAUGCAGCAGCCGGAACGGGCCAGAGCUUGUGGAUCGGGUGCGAAGUCCUCUGCCGACCGUCGUCCGGUUGACCCGCCACCGGUUGUCGAGCUGCGCAUCCACCAGUCCGAAGUCAACGAUACCGACCAGGGAACAGACAUCACCUUCCAAUAUAAUGCCAACUUCUUCCUUUAUGCGACUCUUGAGCUCGCCCGUCCCAUCGCCCACGGCCGGGUCGCCGGUAGCCCUCAGACCCCCGUCCUGACCGGUGUCCCCGUUGCGGGCGUUGCCUAUCUGGAUCGCCCCAGCCCAGCCGGUUACUUCAUCUUCCCGGACCUGUCGGUUCGCAACGAGGGCCGCUACCGCCUGAACUUCCAUCUCUACGAGGAGGUCAAGGACCCCAAGGAUGCCGAUCCCAACUAUCCCCUGUCUACCGCCGCCAACGCCAAUCCCGGUAAACCCGCCGCGCCUCAAAACCACAUGCACUUCCGCGUCGACGUCAAGUCCCUCGCCUUCAACGUCUAUAGCGCCAAGAAGUUCCCGGGUCUCGCCACUAGCACCUCGCUCAGCCGCAUCAUCGCCGAGCAGGGUUGCCGCGUGCGGAUCCGCCGCGAUGUCCGCAUGCGCCGUCGCAGCGACAAGCAGGCCGGCGCCGCCGGCGGUGACGACUACGACUACGAGGAUGACCAACACGCUCUCGCCGCCCGUUCUCUCGCUACCGAUCGGUAUCCCACUCCGGAAGGUUUCCCUGUCAAAUCCGUCAUCGACCGGCCCCGCUCCACCAGCAACAGCAGCGUCGUGGAACCUCCGCCGUUCGCCGCCCAGCGCCGCCCCUCGGCCGCCCCGGGUGAAUAUGGAGGAUACCCACAACAGCCUCCUGUUGCCUACCAGCGAGCACCCCCCGCGCCGCCCACUCCAACCCCGCCGCCAACCCAUCAUGCCGCCCCGCCUCCUUCUGCGCCUCCGGCGUACCAGUCGCAUCUCUCCUUCGGUGCGUCCCAGUCGCAGUAUUAGACGCCACAGUUGCCGCCCAAAUUGCAUCAAGCAGUGAUCGCGCCGCCUCCGCCUCAGUAUCAGCAGCAGCAGCACCAUCAUCAUCCGCCGCCGCUCCCGUCCGCGCAGCCAACCGGCAGCAGCCUCUACUCCCCUCGCCUCUCCAACACCGCUUCAACUCGCAGCCUGUCAAACACCCCCUAUUACGACACAUUGCCUAACGGAUACCCUUACCCGCAGCCGCGCCAAGCACCUCCGCCGCCGCCGCCGCCACCACCACCAGCGGCUCCCACGGGCCCCGUUGAGCGCU